GCUGUACAAUGGGAAAGCUUGUAAUGUUGGUUGUGAUUUUCGUAUCAGUUAUAUCAUUGGCCUUUUCGCGAAGUUCGGACUACAAAAAACUUUCAGAAAAGAAUUUAAAACGACAGUACAGUAGUUGUAGUUACGAUCAGUUUGUUUGUUCUGACGAUUUUAUGACAUGUGCAUCUCAUUGUAACGGCAUAACAGAAUGUAACAAUGGUGAAGAUGAAAUGUAUUGUGGUUGUUCCGAUCCUGGCCAAUGGCACUGUGAUGACGGUAUUGAAUGUGCAAGUACUUGUGACGGUUCAGCAACUUGUCCAAACGGAGAAGAUGAAAAGUGGUGCGGUUGUUCCGAUCCUGACCAAUGGCACUGUGAUGACGGUAUAAAAUGUGCAACUUCUUGUGACGGUUCAGCAACUUGUCCUAACGGAGAAGAUGAGAAGUGGUGCGGUUGCAGUGAUCCAUCUCAAGUUCAUUGUGAUGACGGUGCAACAUGUGGUACUUAUUGCGAUGGUUCAGCAGACUGUCCUGGUGGUGAAGAUGAGCAAUGGUGCGGUUGCUCUGAUCCAAUGCAAAUGCAAUGUAUGGAUGGAACGUGUGCUACUUAUUGUGACGGAAAUCCGGAAUGCGCAGAUGAUUACGACGAGAUGUGGUGUGACAUGAAUAUGCUUGGUUGUGCUGAUCCAAUGCAAUCCACUUGUAACGAUGGUUCUACGUGUGCUUAUUGGUGUGACGGCUCAUGGGAAUGCGCUGAUGGUGAAGAUGAACAAUGGUGUGGCGAUAUGAAUUAUGCGUCAUCAACCCAUAACCCCUCUGACGUCAGCAUGUGUGGGAAUGGAUAUGUUAGCAUUGAUGACAUCUGUAUGGGGUAUGAAAUCUAUUCAAGUGUUGCGAGCCACGACUUUUGCCAAGAUUUUUAUUAUGCAUACGGGUACAUGAAGAAAAAGCUCACCACUAGAUCAAUGGGUAAGACGCCAAGUGAAAAGGAUCUAAAAUCAAAGGUUUAUCAGAUUGUCAAAGCUCGCCAUGAUCAAAAGCGGAAUGACGACAAGAUAAAACAAGCCAAACGAGGUUCCCACGUGUCUGACAAACGUCACGGAGACGUAGAAUUAGAAAGCAGAAAACAAACGUAUCAAAAAAAGAUAAACGACAGAAAAACAAUGCUGAAGAAAAACUCCAUGCAGAAAAAAGAACACAUGCAGAAGAAAGGAAAUAAAAAAACACUUGGUAACCUUAAAUAUCUGUUAACUGCAAGACGGAACGAAGCACUUAAACAACGCAUUCUCAAGAAGCUCGGUGGAAGUAAAUAAUUAAUUGAACUGAAAAUAUACAAGCUUUUCAUCUCUUUUUGUUUACGACCAAUUCUCAUUUUUUUUUUUUAUACAAUGACAAAAUUUGUAAAAAAGCACUGUACUGUUAUUUUACAAGCUGAGUUCUGAUAUUAGUCGUUGGGUUUUAAUGCAAAGCUUUACUUUUCCUUUUUAAAAACCCUUAUAUUGCAGAUAGCUAUAAAUAAAUCUAAUAUAUUAGCAAACAGGUCCAAUCAAGUAAAUAAAAAUGCUUGCUAUAUAUAGUGUACAUUCUAAAUAUGAUUUUUUAUUUUUUUAUCAGUAUUAUAUCUGAAUUGUUUUUUGAUGCUGAGAUUUAUCUUAGGUUAUCUAUUCUACUUUUGUGAAGCUAUAAUCAAACUUUAUCUAUCUUUGAAAUUAACAUUGGUAACAGACUGGAACGUACAUGGACUAUGGCAUUGCUUUUUUUUGUUUUUAUUAGACGUUGACAUUUUUGUUUGUUUGUUUACUGUGUAUUUAUGUGUAUCUGCUAAAUGUCUCUAUUUUUUUUUUUUUUUAUGUCAAAAAUUAAAUACUUACAGUUUGAA